GGGGGGGGGGGUGAGGCGUUGCCAUGGGAACGGGCGCCCCCCCACCCCCGCGCUGGGCCCUCAGCGAGGAGGGAGCGGGGAUGGAGGAGCCUGAGGGGAGAGCUCAUCGAGCCCUGCAAGGAGGGUGUGGAGAGGAGUGUAAAUCUUGAUUUUUUUCCUAAAGAUUGGUGGAAAAUAGAGAUGAAGCGAGUAUCUGCCUUAAUUAAUCUAUUACUAAACUUGAUCUGAUUGGAUACUUUCUUUGGGGAAAAACUACUGAUAUCUGAAAAGAGAGCCCUACUUAAGAAGAGAUGACGUGCAAUGGCCCGUAUAACUCAGAAGCUUGUGCUACUCCAGACACGGACCAUGACGAGGAAUGGGCCCAGGAACACUACAGACUAGGAACUUUUGUUGGAUUUCCCCUUGACUGUCCGAUUUCAGUGUCAGCACUAGCACGAGCUGGCUUCGUUUAUACUGGAGAAAGUGACAAAGUGAAGUGCUUCAGUUGCCAUACAACUAUUGAAGGAUGGGUGCCUGGGGAUUCUGCGCUUGAGAGACACAAACAGCUUUCCCCAGAUUGCAAAUUUAUUACUGAAUCUACUUUUCUGGAAAAUAACAUACAUCCUCUCGCCCAGAACUACCGGCAUAGAACUGAAAAUGGCUCCAGCAAUUCAGCCCUGCCUUGUACACUAGAUGACCAAUCUGAUGUGGAGGCAGAUUACCUUUUGAGAACUAGGCAGGUUGUGGAUAUGUCAGAUACUUUGUAUCCUAAAACCCCUGCUAUGUGCAGCGAAGAGACAAGGUUAAAGUCUUUUGAGGACUGGCCCCCUGAUAGCCAGUUGACACCAAAGGAAUUAGCUAAUGCUGGAUUCUAUUAUACAGGUGUUGGUGAUCAAGUGGCAUGUUUUUGUUGUGGUGGAAAAUUGAAAAAGUGGGAACCCAGUGACAGAGCAUGGUCAGAACACAAGAGGCAUUUUCCUAAAUGCUUUUUUGUCCUGGGCCGGGAUGUUGGAAAUGUUCCAAGUGAAUCUAUUCCUGCUGACCUUGGGAGGAGUGGUCUGAACAAUGCAGAGCAUCCCAGGAAUCCAUCUAUGGCAAAAUAUGGAAGACGCUUACAAACAUUUUUAGCUUGGAUAUAUCCAGUUAACAAGGAGCAACUUGCUGAAGCUGGGUUCUAUAGCAUAGGUAAUGGUGAUCAUGUUGUGUGUUUCCACUGUGGUGGAGGAUUGCAAGAAUGGAAGGAAAAUGAAGACCCAUGGGAUCAACAUGCCAAAUGGUUUCCCGGGUGCAGAUUUGUGAGAAAAGAAAAGGGGCUAGAAUUUAUAAAUAAUGUUCACUUAAAAGAUGGAUGUAGGGAUUCAACAACAGAAGCUGCUGAACGGACAAUACUUCCUGAAGAUGAUCUCUUACAGAAUCCUUUGGUACAAAGUGCCAUAGACAUGGGUUUCAGUUUGUCUGAGAUUAGGAACACGAUGGAAAAGAAAUUGCAGAUGUCUGGAGAAAGUCACACAUCUGUUGAGGAACUGGUAGCAGACUUAAGUGCUCAGAAAGAAAAUACAAGGGAAGAAGAACCAAAUGAAAUCCCAGUUGAGAAAGAUGAGCUUAUUCACUUACAAAACCUCUAUCUCAGUACUGAAGAAAAGUUAAGACGCUUGCAGGAAGAAAAGCUUUGUAAAAUCUGUAUGGCUAAAGACAUAUCAGUCGUCUUCAUUCCCUGUGGUCACCUGGUUGCCUGUAAGGAAUGUGCUGGAGCACUUACUGAAUGCCCUGUGUGUCGUACAGAUAUUAUGAAGAGACAGGAAGUUUUUAUGUAUUAGUGAAAUAUACAGCACUGUGGAUACAACUGUUUCCUGCUUCACUGCUUUAAAUAUGUGUAAUGUAACGUAAAAAAAUGCAGUGAAUUCCAAGAUGCAAUCAUAUGGCGGCAGCUUUUUGGGCUGUCAGGCUUUACUUUUAACAUUCUAAAAAUUAUUUUCCUUAAGUUAAUUUUUUGUAUGUAAAAAUCAAUAUUAAAAGGCAAAUAUAUAUCUAUAUUCUUGAAUUUUUAACUUAUGGACCUGAUUUGGGAAAGCUGAAGUCAUGCAAAGCUUUAUUUAUGUGACCAUUCCUUUGCUUCACUUCAGUGGAACUCUGCACAACUGAUGAUUAUGCAAGUACAUUUGCAUAAAGAGUCCACACUGUAUAAAAUUUGUAAAUAAGUAAGAGAAUUUUACAAUUAUUAUAUAUAUGUACAUUGUGUCUGAGAUUUUUAGCUUCUCAAAACCGCUAUGAAAGAUUGAAAAUGUUACCUUAUUUCUGUAACUUUGGUUGUGACAUAAUUCAGAGAAGGCAUGUAAACCUCCUGCUGAAAAAUCUCACCUGUUUGCUGCUCUAAGUUUGUCUGCUUUGAUACGUAACUCCUAUCUUCCCAUUUAUUUUUUUUCUGAUUUAGAUAUAUAAAUUGGCUCCGGUAAACUGGUUUUAGCUAUCCAUUUUUCACAAAAAUCCCUAAAAUGUAUAUUUACUUCAUUCCUUAAGAGAACUCAAUAGGAAUGAAGGAGAUUUUACAUACCUUGUGCCCUUCAUGAAAGGAGCAGUCUCGUUUUAGAACUGCCCCUCUACUACACAGGUGUUUGUUUGAUUUUUUCCUUGUGCUUUUUUUUGACCAUUUAGCACUAUCUUUCUCAUUUUGCUAGUACUUUGCAAUGUUCUCUUUGUCUGUGUUUUCUUAAGAGAAGAUUAGACUGUAUAUGCUUGAAAAUGUUUUUUUUUUAUAAUUUACAAAGAAUAUUAGAAAUGGCUCUUUUUUGUUCUUGUCCGUUAAAUUAAAAAGAACUGUCCUAGUGAGAGUACCUUAAAAUAGAGAAUAAUCUAUUUCAUAUUAGACUGAUCUUUAAUUCUCCAAUUAAAAAAAUUCAACAGCUUUGUGUUCGAGUACAGCUGGUUUACGAUCACUCUGCAUAAUUAUGUGACUUCUUUCUUUUGAGGAGCUACUACUGUGUUGCAUGUAUAUAUUUUUGUCCUUGAAUCCUACACACUAAUAUAUUUAGAAUAUAGAGAAUAUAGUUUUUUCACAUGACAAAAGUUUUUAAUCGAACAAUCAGAAAUUUAAUGUCUACUUUUUCUAUUUUUUUAAAUACGUGCUGUGAUUAUGUGCUGGUGUAAUGUCGUGACUAUUUAAAAUAAAGUGCAACCCAGUUGUCCCUUGGAUCAGUGUAUUCGAUUUUCACAUGCAAAAAAAUCCAUAAAUGUUUUGUUUUGUAACUAACUGAUUUAACUCUUACUAAUUUAACCUAAGUGUUAUUAAGGAUAAUAAAUAUAUUUUAAUUGGAAAAUAAAUGAAAUAUAUUGUAUAAAUGAAAAGCUCCUGAAUUGUAAAAUUAAAAUAUUUUUGCUAUUUUUUUGUAACUAAUCAGAAUUUGGUUCUUAGCAAUACGUGGUGACUAGAAAUUCAUAAAGAAUUGAGCACAGAGAAGUUUUUAUUUUGCCUUUUUGUGCCUUUGUGCAGAGCUGAGUGUUUCAGAUGAUUCACAGAUAUGGGGAUUUUUCAGGACAGAUAUGGACUGGCAGUCUUGCCAGGCUUGUUUCUACCUCCUGUUUCCACUUACAGGGAGGGAUUUCUGUGCUUUCCAAGGGAAAUUAAAGGGCGGAGGGGAGUGUUUGCCUCUGAGCUGGUGAAUCUGGCCUGAAAUAGUUUGUUUAGUCAGCAGAUGGUUUGUUACCUAACCUUGACCGAAGUCAUGUGAGAAGGACUACUGGGUGAGCUGGAUCCAACUUGCAGCCUCAGAACUUGGCGUGUGGUGCAACAAAGCCCUGUCUGGGGUAAGAGGUGGACCAAAUUUUACUUAGAACUGUUACAAAACUAAACCUAUGAUUUUGGAUGCAAGUAGACCAUGUAAACUCUGAGAAAAGCCUGGAAGUCAGUCACAAACUACCUACUAAACUGAAAUGGAGAGCAAACACAUUGAUUGUCCAAAUAAUAUGCAAGCAGAUAGAAAAAAUGCUUCAUGUUAAAGCUUGUUAACUUUUAACAGGUGUGUGGUAUCUCUUACUGUAACUUUUUGAUACUUCUUAGAAAAGAUACAGCUGCAAUUCAAAUGUUAAUUCCUUGGGAGCAUUAAAGGGUUAAACGCCUGCUAGUAAGAUGACAAAAAGGUUUAGGGCUUUUAAAAAAACUACAAUCAGAGUUCUAUUCAGAGUAGAUGUGAAAAAAUAAUUAGCAUAGUCAUCAGAUUUUGACAGCUUGAAUUAGGAAGAUCUUUGUUCAAACUGCUUUUGAUUUUCAGUAUCUUAAAGAAACAGAAGAAAUUCCACAGAGACAGAUACUGGGCUGAGCGCUUAAGGAGACUGAAAUGAAGGGUGUAGAUCAAUGGAGUAGAAGCUCAGGUGCUUUGAAAAGGAGGUACCAGGGUGUCUUGGGAGUUCAUUUAUAUAGAGUUACUGGCAAUGAAGAGCUAUGGAAUAUAUUCAUGUGCUGGUAUUCAGUAAGUUUCUUCUAGCAGCUGCUAUCAAAAAGCUUUCUUCCAUUUUUACUUGUGAUGACAGAACUAUUUGCUGCUCUAGAUGCAUGGGAGGCUUACAAAGGGUUUUAAUAACAUGUUCUGGAAUAGUUUUUGUUUAGAAAUUGCAUGCCUAAUUUAGGGACAUAAGGCUAAAAUAAGGGAUACCCAAAGAUCCAAUUUUUUUGUUACACAUUUAGCUUUUUCCCAUUGCCUUUAAACAUGGGGCUUGAAAUAACACCAACCUACUCUGCUGGUUGCUGCAGCUUGUAUCCUACAGAUACUUAGCUGUCCCUACUCCUUUUUCAGAGCUCAUAUCACAAUAAAAAGAUUUGCUAUUGGAGUAUUUCAACACUUAUUUUAACCUUGCCUGGUCAGUUUUGACCACAGAGCUGUAAUGUUUAUUUUUGUAGGCUGUAUCUGCAGCCUGAAGCUACAGGACAAAUAGUUUGUCAAAGUUUUCAAAGCAUUUUUGUUAACCUAAGGCAUGGAUUUUUAAAGUCAGCUUUUAUGCUUGUUUUUAUUCAAGAUUGACAAAAAAUUAAAUACAAUGGGUUGUUAAACUGGAAUUGUAAGUGGGUAGGAGGUUACUGCGGACUCUUGAUGACCGUGUUCAUGUGAAACUUCAAGCGGCAGUGGUGCACAGGAGGAUGAGGCGUUACAAGGGGCAGGGGCAUUUGCUGCCACAGUACUUAGUAACUGCUUGAAAGAAAACCUGUUCUGCCUUUCAAAGCAUGCAAGUUCCAGUGUAUGAUGUUGUAAGGCCUACCCCAAGGGAAGGUCGGCUCUUCAUGGAGCAACGCAGGAGCUAAAGAUUUCUCUGGCUUUUGCAGUGUUUGUUUGUAGGAAUACCAGCAGCUAGCUGUUGCCUUUUGGAGCCUCUUUCGUACCCUCUGCUUUAUGCACGACUGACUCAGAUCAGCAAGAAGGUGAGGUGUCAUGGAACAGGCUAGGGAAGCGCUGCCGCUGCUGCCCAGAGGCUUUGCCUUGUGUGUCUUGGGCAGAAUGGCUGGAACGGCCUUAGAUCUUCAACCUACCAUGUGAAGGGUGAUGGUUGGCUUCUCCUUAUUGUCCAGUGACAGAGACAGUUUAGUGAGAUCACCUUCACUCCUCAUGGAGCAGAAGUAGGAGGAAAUACUCUCCCUCUUGCUUUUUUUCUUUGUGUAUUUUACAUGCAUAAAUGUCACUGAGUAGCUUGGAAAUUUGAUCAGAAAAAAACUUUCCUCCCCAGCGCCCCUGCCAUGCCUCCAUAGUGAUUGCAAAUGCUGGAAGCACUUUGCCAUCCUCGCAAGUGCCACCGUGUCACGUUGCUUCAAGAGAUGUACUGAUGCUGCUGUACGGCAAUUAGUGCUGCCAUAAUUACCAUGUGGCUUUCUGUGAGGAGGCAAAUGACCUGUGAUUAUAAAGAACCUUUGCUGAAAUUCAGGUUUUAUGUUUAUCUUAACCAGGAAUUCCUAUUAAGCAAUACUGACAUCAAUGUUACAGUAAACCUACGAGAAUUAAUACAGAGAAUAUGUUUUGUGACCAACUUAUCAAAAGAACUUGCUUUGUCCUAGGACAGGCAAGAAGACAGCAUGUAUUCAGUUGCAAAUGUCUUUGAUAAGCAAAACCCCAAGGAAAAUCCAGGGAAAAAAAUGUUAUUAAUUAUUUUGUGAUUAUGUAAUAUCUCAAAUUAGGUAAAAACUACUUUGUUGCCUUUGGAUAAUUAUUAAUUUACAGUUUUAUAGCCUGGACAGCUAUUGAUGAUGGCUAAGGUAAACUGCUCAAUAAGUUAGACUGUCUGGAAAUGUAUUGGAGAGAGAGUUGAAUUAGAGUUUUGCUCCUUGGCUGAAAAAAGUUUUACUAUCAAAAACUGAAAAGCACUUUUGCAGAGUUCCGCUGUGAAAACAUCUAGGACAAUAAUUAAAUAGCUGCUGAAAAGCCAAUUUCAGUAGAAACACAUAGAAUCACCUGCAAAUUUGGAGAAUGAAUUAAUCUAACUUCUAGAAAUCACCGAGACUGCCAGCAUUAAAAUUUAUUCAUGUUGUAUCUCUUUGAUCUUACGAAGUUAGAUCUUGCUAUAAAACUCUUGGCAAAAUUUCUCUUACAUCACUUAGUUGAGAGUCAUCACUUAAGCCAAAUAGUUAAUUUUCUAAAUACAGCUUUUUGAGGUGGGUGUCAAGCUCCAGUAGCCUUCUCCUUUUAACUCUUUCAUAACAGAGUGAAGCUUCUGUGUCUGGGAUUGAUUUUCCCUCCCUUUCCUGCAUCAUCAGCCUGUGUGAUGUUACUGGAGUCGACGUAGGGGCUCUGUUGGAGAGGAUAAGCCACCAAGAAAAUAACUUGCUUCAAAUGUCUCUUUUGGUGUUUUGCAAAACAGAAUGUACCAGAGUAACAUUAAUUUGACUUCUAUCUCUACACCACAAUUCAGCCCUUUUAUAACUUGGUUAAAUGUUGCUUUGUAAAGGCUUAAUCUGCAAGUUUCUGUAAGGAUGAACCAUGUUCCAGGUUUGAAGCUUCACCUCUGCUGGAACCAGCAGUAUGGAGAAAGGAGAGUGGUGGUCAUUGGGAAUGCUGUCCUUGGCACUUGUGGCAAGCAUCCCAAGAGUGAGUGCCUUUUGCCAUGGAGGGGAAACACACUUUGGUUGCAGCUGCUGGCACUGAGGCUUUGCAGGACUUCUACAAUCGUGCAAAAGGCAGUUACAAUCUAAAAGAAGUAUUUUUAUCUUAACGGUUUUGAACAUCUGUGCAACCCACCACAAUCUCAUUAACUCUUGUGUUCCUUGCCACUUGUCAUGCAUUGUGCCACUUACAGAAAAUCUGAAUCGUAGCUAAAGACAAGAUAGCGCUUUGCUUUGCUUCCAGCUCCCAUUGUGUCAAAGAGCUGAGGCAGCAAGAAAGGUCUUGAGCACCAAGAAACCUUGAAGUUGGUUGACGAUGAACUCUAAACCAAAGGAAAUAGUGUUAGGUGUACGUGUAGGAUCUUGAGAAUGGGGUAGGUCAGCUGCAGAAACCCAUGCAAGCUCAUCAUCUGAAAGAAUAAUCAAUUCCUUGACCUUAUCUGUCAUGUAAGCAAGAACCCCUACUGCAUACACUGCCACUUCAGCCCUCUAAGUGGUAGCCUCAGUAGUUCGUGGGGAAAAGAACAAGAUAAACUGAUCCACUGUCAUCAACCACACCUGCUGUUUGCUGUCCCAUUUAUUUGAUAGAGGAUUUUCUUCAAAGUUUAAACAUAAAUGUAUUGGGUUUUACUGUUUAUAAUUGUUUUGCUCUAUGGUCCUAAGCAGAGUUUGAGCUGAAUAGUGACACUUCUGUCCCAGUUCCACUCCAACCUCCUCUAACCACAAGCCAGCCUCCUUCCUCCCCUUCUCAGGCAACCCCCCAGCUCCAUGUCAGAGUCUCAGGGGGGCUGGAGCCCUGGGAACUCCAACCAGCUGAGAGCAGCUUUAUGUUCUGGACAGGUGAGUUGCCCUACACACCAAAAGUGUGGUGUAGAGUCACUGGUUCUUCUUCAGCUGUGGUUUAGCUAAAGCUGCUUCCUCUGCUCUGUGCUGUUUGGCCCACUUGACCUUAUUUCAGUUCUUGCCUGUUUCUUGCCACAGUCCUUUCUCUGUCAUACCAUCUGUUCCUUCCUGCAUUUAGCCAUGCCCUUCCACUUAUUCAGCUUACCCAAUACGAAACACGUUUAUCUGGUUCCUGUGCUUCUUCCACAGACUUUGUCACUGACGCUGUCAUGGUGCCUGAUUCAUAAAAUGGUCCGUGAUUCAUGAUCCUUCUGCCUGGACUUAGCAACAGGACACAAGCAUGUCUUGGUCACGUCUCCCAAACCCCUCCUAUGUCUGGAAACCGCAGCAAUUCAUGUCCCAGAUCCAAGAGAGGUGGCCUGGAUGGUUACACUUACUCUUUUCUGUACGUAAGGUGAGGUGGUGCCUCGGGUGAAAGCAACUCUUGACUGAAGUUAGGAGAAGUGCAAUUCAUUAUUUCCCACCAAUAACUGGAGUGGCCUUUACAGGGUUUAGUGAUGAAAACUUUAGAACACGGCUAAGGGAUUUUUGGCCUCCUAGCAAGAGCACCCCACAUCAAAUAGGGGAAGGAGUGCAGGGCUCUGGGUAACCAGAGGCACAGCUGACUGAAGAAAGCUGUGGACAAUGCGAUCAGCAGGAAGGCAUUUGCGACUUUCUGGGGUUCUACUCAUUUCCAGAGCUGAUAAUGAAGGUGUUAAAACUUCCUUCGUUUUUAGUGACAUAGGACAAACUGUGAUUCUGUGUUCCUUUACAGGUGUGACAGCAUGGCAAACAGAAACCUACCGCAUCAAAGAAAAUUCAGACUUGAGUUAGGUGUUCUGGAAAGACCUGGGGUGAGAAAUAGGGGCACACAAGGGAGAUUUACGUAAACCACAAAAAAAGGAAGAAACUAUUCACAGAACGGGGAAAGGUCUAAGCAGCUACUCAUGUGCAGUCUCUCUCCUGCAAAUUAUGGGAAAGUAACCCAUUUUUUGGUCUUUAUUUUUGUUUCUUAUGUAAUAGCUCAUCUCCAGAAGGAUUUAGAGCAGAUUUCCCUUGGGUGACUAAGCCAGUUUCAAAAAUCUGGGAAACAAAAUCUGACCAGGAAGACUGCUUUUCUACUCUGUACCCAACUAAACAGAUAAAAAUAUGGCUGUGGUUUAUUUCAGACAGGCCAUCAGAGUUACCACCUCACCUUGGAAUGAAUCCAGUAUUCGAAUUCUGGUUUAUUUUCCAAUUCUUGUAAGCAAACACUUUUCAAAAAUAAAAGGAAUGGUAAAGGAUUGU